UUGGGGAAAUUCCCGGCGGGGCGGAAGCACCGAAGCUUCAGCCAGAGCCAGGCGACUGGCAGGCGGUCGCAAGGGACCCCUGAGGUUGAAGGGGCCAUGGCGGGGGUCGCAUGCUUGGGGAAAACUACGGACGCGGAUGAAUGGUGUGACAGCGGCCUAGGCUCGCUGGGUCCCGACGCAGCGGCUCCCGGAGGACCAGGGCUUAGCGCCGAGCUGGGCCCGGAGCUGUCUUGGGCGCCCCUCGUAUUCGGCUACGUCACUGAGGAUGGGGACACGGCCUUGCACUUGGCCGUGAUACAUCAGCAUGAGCCUUUUCUGGAUUUCCUCCUGGGCUUCUCUGCGGGCACGGAGUACCUGGACCUACAGAAUGACUUGGGCCAAACAGCCCUGCACCUCGCAGCCAUCCUGGGAGAGGCAUCCACGGCAGAGAAGUUGUAUGCAGCAGGCGCCGGGUUGUUGGUGCCUGAGCGAGGGGGCCACACAGCACUGCACCUGGCUUGCCGCAUGCGGGCGCAUGCUUGUGCAUGCGUGCUUCUCCAGCCCCGUCCCAGGCGCCCAAGGGAAGUCUCAGAUACCUACCUCACUCAGAGCACGGACUACAGCCCCGACACCAGCCACACCCCUGUUGCUGUGCAUCCCGAAUCCAACCCUGAGAAGGAAGAGGAGCCAGAUGACAAAGAGUGGCAGCUGCAGCUAGAGGCUGAAAACUAUGAUGGCCACACCCCACUCCAUGUAGCUGUCAUCCACAAAGAUGCAGAGAUGGUCCGGCUGCUCCAGGAUGCUGGAGCUGACCUAAACAAACCGGAGCCCACAUGUGGACGGACUCCCCUGCACCUAGCAGUGGAAGCUCAGGCGGCCAGCGUGCUGGAGCUUCUCCUGAGAGCAGGUGCCGACCCCACCGCCCGUAUGUAUGGGGGCCGCACCCCACUUGGCAGCGCCCUGCUCCGGCCCAACCCCAUCCUUGCCCGCCUCCUUCGUGCACAUGGUGCCCCUGAGCCUGAGGACGAGGAUGACAAGCUUGGUUCUUGCAGCAGCCACAGCAGCAGUGGCAGUGACAGCGACAGUGACUGUGACAGCAGGGAUGAGGGAGAGGAAUACGAUGACAUCGUGGUCCACAGUGGCAGGAGCCAAAACCGGCUACCUCCCUUGCAGGCAUCCAAACCUCUUCCUGAUGACCCUGACCCCGCCUGACUUAAAUGCUCAUAGUAAUAUAAUUUCAAUUUAAUAAAUUUUCAGUUUUGACAACCAGA